AUGUUGUCACGUCUCAUUGAGCUAUCGGAGCGCGCUCCAAAAGACUUCACCCUAGCCCUAGGCUUCUCAAUCCUCAGCGCUCUCUACCUCCUCCGACGCUGGCUACUCCCCAAGCCAAUCCCAGGUAUCCCGUAUAAUAAAAAUGCGGUCAAAUCCUUCAUGGGCGAUAUCCCCGAGUUCAGAGAUGCUCCCAAUCGACGAGAAUGGUGGGCACAGCAACCUGCUCGUCAUCAAUCGCCUAUUGUUCAGGUUUUCAUGAGACCUUUUGGAGCACCGUGGGUCUUUGUGGCGGAUUACUUUGAGGCAUCAGAUAUUUGCAUGCGCCGCUUGAAGGAGUUUGACAGAAGUGACGUGACAUGGGAGCAGUUCAACGGUGUUGCCUCGGCUCCAGAGAUCCACGACAAGUUCAGUAGUCUUCUCAAGCUUUGGGAUCGCAAACUGGACUUAUCAGGUGGCAGACCAUUCGACAUAGCCCAGGACAUUCACAACUCAGCGCUUGAUAUUAUUCUCAGUGCUUCCUUUGGCAUCGACUCUGGAGAUGGUCAGAUCGGCAGACAACUCGAAGAGCUCAAGGCCAGAACCGUUUCAGGUGGGAAGGAUGACCUAUUCGAGUUUGAGGACGUUUCUAUCGACGAGGAACAGAGUUGCUUCACCACUCUUGCAGACAGUGUCGGUCUGUCUAUGAGAUCGCCUCUUCCCACUAUCCAUCACUUUCUCUACCGAAAUCUCUCGCCAAAGAUGCGAAGGGCAAGGGCGGGGCGUGAUAGAUUGAGAGAUCGUGAGAUUGCCAAGAGCAUUGAGCGAAGAGAGUCAGGUCAGCCUCAACGCUGUGCUUUGGACAAUAUGCUUGCGAGAGAGGAUGCCAUUGCUGAGAAAGAAGGGCGGAAACCCAACUAUCGAAGCCAGACGAUCAUGAGCGAGUUGAUGGGAUACUUGGUUGCCGGACAUGAAACAACCUCAGCUGUUCUCCGAUGGGGAAUGAAGUAUUUGACUGCUAACCAGCGCGUACAAUCACUCCUCCGUGAAGCCAUUGGAGACGCACAUACUCAAGCCACAAAGGGCAAUCGCGUCCCAACAGCUGAGGAGAUUCUCAAAGCUCACAUCCCAUACCUCGACGCUGUCAUCGAAGAGAUGCUGAGGCACUCACGCGUCGCCCCAGUCACCCUUCGGCAAGCCACCACCGAUACCCAGAUCCUCGGUCGCUUCAUCCCCAAGGGAACAACAGUGGGCUUCCUCGGCAACGGCCCCGGCGUCAUGAUGCCCAGUAUCCCAGUCAACACAGAAAAGCGAUCUGAAGCUGCUUUGGCACACAUGGAAAGGACACAACUCUUUGAUGAACAAGACCUUGCGCAAUUCGUUCCCGAAAGGUGGCUCACGACCACUGUUAAUGGGGAAGGCGAGGAAGAGACGGCGUUUGAUCCACAAAAGAGACCAUCUCAGGCAUUCGGACUUGGACCUCGUGGUUGCUUUGGCAAGAAGCUCGCUUACAUUGAGAUAAAGAUAUUUCUUACUUUGCUCUUCUGGACGUUCAAGUUGGAGCCAGUGAAACCUGAGCUGGCGACGGAGGAUGAGAUGCUGGCGCUGACGCGGUCACCAAAGAACGUUUACGUCAAGCUGGCAAAAGUGUGA